GAAUUAUAUGAUUAAACGUCUGCAUCAUGAUACGCAAACUUCACAUCGCUUUGGUAUUAAUAGAGUUAUAUCUUAAUUUUGGUCAUGUUUCAGGAUUAGAUUUCCAACUGGAGGACACGUGGUGCUACACGUCAUACGAAAACGUGUCUGAUGCAUUGGUCACCGUAGCCACGGCAACCAGUCAACAAGUCAAGGACGUAAAUGUUAACAUUUUAACCAAGACAGAAACGGGCGACUUUAGAAAUUUCUGCAUUGUUCCUAUUGUGAACAAUACGUGCAAACGGUACAACAAGCAGGCCUGUAUGUGUGUAUCUCGCAACUCAAGUGAGAUCACUCUUGCCAUUAAAUCGACUGAUCUAAAGAACAAAGUGGGACUGCGACUGUCGUUGAAUAGCGAAACGACUGAUAAGAUGUGCGCCCAACAAACGAAACAACCGUCGAGCUUGAUGUCUAGUUCACAACAGACCUCACCAGUUGCAGCUAAAUAUGCAUAUAGCGCAGAGUCAAAAACUGCUUCAACUGUGGCAACCGAGGCCAUACAAGUCAGACUUCCGGAAAUUAUCUAUAUUGUCGUCGCCAGUGUUGUGUUAACCACAGCUCCAUUCGCGAUCUGGAUGUUGAUCAGGAGAGUCAUAUGCAAGCCGAGUUUAAGCAUUAAACAAACCGAAUUUAUUGGCGAUCCCGAUGCAGAAAGAUACGUUAUGAUUAACGAUUCUGGAAACAAAGAUUCCGGUCACUACAACAACAUAAGACGCGGCUUCACUGAUCUGACUAUCGGAGGGGAUGGCAAGCCAAUGCGCGUGGAUGAAAUGUACAUCGACGUUGUUGACCACUAUGACGUCAUUGAUCAUGUGUACGCUAGUACAGAUCCAGAGCAGGAAGAGCCGUACGAUGACCAGGAAAUGUAGUUUUGGGAAAUAAAGGCACUUCUACACGUCAUCAAGAUCCUUUAAUACACAUUUAGUGUAUACAAAUACAAAUGAGAAAAGCCAGUGCAGUCAAGCGCUUUAAUAAUAUAAGAGUUGCACCCCCUGUUGUAAUGAUGCAACUUGUUUACUUUGAAUUUGGUAUAUAAAACAUCAGUCAUUAUCUGACAACAACCCUGAGCAAUGUAGUUCUAUAUUUUUGCAUUUGUGUGUUCUUUUUUUUCUACUUUUCAUGUUGCGUGCUACCUUUAAUGUAUUGCCCUUUUCAUUUAA